AUGAGUGACCAUCAGUUGGUGGUUGUGGUCACUCAUUCACACUCACCAUCGACUUGCGGCCUCUGGUGCGCUGCUGCUGGUUUCUUAUUUUCCGGAAUGUCAACCGUAAUGCACAGUGCCUCUCCUGCCACUAUGGUCCAGCCUGUUCCUUGCCGAAUUGUGAUGCAAUAUCGCACAAUUGAAGAAGGGCGUCCGAUGCAGUACCGGCCGACCGGCACGGAUACCCAUUUUUACAGUUAUGCUAUUGUGGUUUUAUCGAAGAUAGAUGUGACAAAACGUCAAACAGUUGAUUUUACGAUUAGUCUUCUACACUGA